AGAAUCUUUACCCAGAGGAGGACAACUCUCAUCUAGACGCACACAUCCAAUCAGCAGCUAGUUGACAACUGGUCAAGGCAGUCAGCAGGGAGAAUUUGAAAACCAGCAGGACUGUGGCUCUCGAGGACCUUUAGAAGCAGCACAUUUAUCACUGACCUGUCUUCCUGUGGCCCCGCCCCCUGACCAAACCCCGCACAGACAGACAGCAACCUGCGCUUCAGGUUUUCUGGCAGAAAUACCCGGAGUCCAUGUCGCAAAGCACAGUAUGACCAUGGCAGAGGCUGCAGUCCCAGAUCUGUUCUCAGAGCAGGAGCUGACCUGCUCCAUCUGUCUGGACCUGUUUAGCGAACCAGUCUCGACUCCCUGCGGACACAACUUCUGCCAGGUGUGCAUUGGUGGGUACUGGGCGUCCAGCUCUGUCUGCUCCUGUCCUUUGUGCAAACGUCAGUUCGAUGAACGUCCUCAGCUCAGCGUAAACAAAGUCUUUGCGCUCAUUGCGGAUAAAUACAAGCAAACUCAUUAUGGACCAGACAGCGCUCUGACCCAAGUCCGGAACCAGAAUCCCACAUCAAUGGGCGCCAUGAUGAUGCCCUCGAGCGGCUCCACCACCAACCCCUUCCUGAUGGCAGGGGAUGACGUGGUGUGGUGUGACAUCUGUACAGGUGUGAAACAGCCAGCGGUCCGCUCCUGCCUCACCUGCACUGCCUCGUACUGCACUGAGCAUGUGCAGCCGCAUGAAAGCUCGCCCUUCUACUCCAAACACCCACUGAUGGACCCGCAGGAGGCCCUAAGGGGCCGAACCUGCUCCGUUCACCACCGCCUGCUGGAGGUUUUCUGUAAGACAUGCCAGCGCUGUAUCUGCGCCAUCUGUGUCAUGGAGGAGCAUCGAAUACACAAAACGGUGUCGGUCCAGACCGAGAGGCAGGUUAAACAGAAACAGGUGGCGAGGACGGAGCAAGAGAUCCUGAACCGUAUCAAAGAGAGGGAGAUUCACAUGAAUGAGCUGAAGAGGAAGCUGGAAGGCGUUAAGAACUACGCAGAACGAGAGCGAGGUGAAGUUGAACAGCUGCUGGAUGAGCUCUCUGGCUCAUUGGAUCAGAUUCGAUCUCAGGUUGUGGGGGGCAUCCAGAACCAACUCGACACGGUGAUGUCAAAGGGGGAGGGGCUAGUGAGCAGACUGGAGGAGGAGCUCAAGCAGCUGAUGGACCGACGGGCUAUGCUGGAGACUCAGGCCAUCAGUCAGGAUCACAUCAACUUCUUGCAGAGCUUCGAGGAGGCUGCAGCUCCUCUGGGUGAUGACACACAGAAAGACGUGGAUGAGGACUCCGAGUUUAAUCUGCAUUUUCACUUGGGGGAGGUGAAGAGCGCUUUGUCCGAAGUGAAGGACAAGAUGGCUGACAUCCGGGUGGGGGACAUGCGCUCCCGAGCAUCAGGAGGCUACUUUUUGUCUGAGAACUUAAUGGCUGCUGAGAGCAUGCUGAGUCUGAGAGGAAGCACGGCCAGCCUGAGGAAGAGUCAGUGGUCGCUGAGAGAGCAGAAGAAGUUCAAGCCCGUGUCAGGACACAAGAAAGCUCGACUCUACAUGGAGGACGUGACCCUGAACCCGGUGACGGCAUAUCCGUUCCUGAUCCUGUCCGAGGACAGGAAACAGGUGAAGAGAGGAGAGAAGCUACAGUUCUACAGAAACAGUCAGCAGAGGUUCGAUGUCUGGUCCUGCGUCCUCGCCAAGGAGGGCUUCAACACGGGGCGGCACUACUGGGAGGUGUUUGUUGGGGACAAUAAGGACUGGAAGCUGGGGGUGGUCAGCGAGUCGGCUCAGAGAAAAGGUCUGUUUGACAUGAGUCCCUCCAACGGAUACUUUGCCCUGUGGUGGAGCAGUAGCCACCUGAGAGCGCUGACGACGCCACCUCUGACCAAGGUGAAGAAUCCUGUCAAACUGCGGCAGGUGGGUGUCUUCCUCGACGUGGAUGAGGGUCAGGUGUCGUUUUAUAACGUCAAGUCGGGAUCUGAGAUUUACAGCUUCACCAGAUCCUCCGAGUUCACUGAGAGGAUGUUUCCUCUGCUGGGAACUGGAGACAAAGAGGUUCCCCUGAUCCUAAUGACCACACAGCACCACCUGGUGUGAGGGAGGAGACAUGGCCCUCAGGGCCGCAAUGGCCCGACAGAUCUGACACUCAAUAGUCACUAUUGACAAACAGACAUGUUUAAUCACGAUGAAUUGUCCUGUAUUUAUUCCAGUAGUUCCUGGCGCCCAGUGGAAACAGAGAAACUGCAGCUACUUUGUCUCUACAGCCUUGAUACCAGAGAAAUUAGGACACUGGGGGUACUUGAAUGUUUGACUCUGUCGCUUAUAAAAUUAAAAAAAGUUGACUAUUUUGGUGAGAUUAGCUAAUGAGCAUAAAUAUGAGUGAAACUUUUAGGAGUGGAUUGAAUAAUAAAAGUGUAAAUCAACUAUG